CAAACACACACACACACACACACACACACACUACACCACACCACACCACACCACACACACACGCACACACACACACCACACACACACACACACACACACACACACACACACACACACACACACACACACACACACACACACACACACACACACACACACAGAUGCACAGACAGACAUGCAUGCAUACCCACUUAAUCAUAUUAUGAGCUUUACUUGGUAUCAAUGGUUUGCAUGUUUAGUCAACCGAUUCAGAGUGGAUUAGCUCACCAAACGAUGGGCUCACAGUUUAGAUGGUGUCGACAGGGUGAGUUAUUGUUUUCAACGACAUCUACAUUAGACAAGGAAUUCAAACUACAUCAUAGAGGACACCAAAAGGUGCCCAUAUCCAUGUCAUUGACUCAGUGUGGCUUGUCAAGUUGGCAGUGUACGACUCCUGUGUGUGAGAUAGCUGAUGGUAGACAAAUUAGAUUAUUUUCUUCAGAACUCUAGGACAAUCACAAUGGUUGCAAAUGAUUGUUUGAAUGUAUUAUUAAUAGACUAUGUUAAUGAGG